CCGAGCGCUGUUAAUACACAACCGGGACUUAGGUGCCUUUCCGGCCAGGGACCCAGACUCGAAUCCCCGGACGCUGGGACAGGCGCGCCCUCCCCCGAUGUCCACAGGCUGCCCGCAGGCCACGCCCGCCACGCGCGGGCCGCGACGCUCCCCGCAGGGCCCGCCCGCCAGCCCGGGACCCCGUGAUCGGCGUCCCCCCAAGGCCGAUGCCCACCUGCGAGCGACCCCAGGCCCGUGGCUUUCAGGGGAGCCCGCCUGGCCCCGGACCCCCGGCCAUACAGUCGGCGCCCGCCGCCCCCCAUGCCAGCGCCCGCCUGCACCCCACCAGGCUCGGCCCCGGAAGAUCACAUUUGAGGAUGAGCUGACCUCGCGGGCACUCCUGGGUGCCAGGAAACCUGCUGCAGCUGGGCCGGGUGUGCAGAUGCCCAGGCCCCACCCAGUGCCCGACUACGAGCUUAAGUAUCCACCGCUGAGGAGCGAAAGAGCGCGGAGCUGCUAUGUCGCCGUGUUCCAGGACCAGCAUGCAGAGCUCCAGAAGCUCCAGCAUGAGGUGGUCGCCACCCAAGCCAAACUGCAGCAGCUGGAGACGCGGCUGCGCGCGCUGCCUCGGCCUCGAAGCCAGGAGGAGGCCCGCGCCACUGCCCGCGUCUGGCAGGAGCUGGAGAAGAAGCGCAGGGUGAGGCGGGGUCUGCAGCCUGACACCGCCGUCGCGCGGGACUCUUGUGCCCAGGGUAAACUGAGGCAUCUCAAGACCCAGAUCCAGAAAUUCGAUGACCAAACAGACAGCGAGGGCUCAGCAUACUUCUGAGUGUCCCGGAUGCAACCCUGGCGCUCUCUGGUGGCCACGUGACCCCCGGGACUGUGUCUCCGCCCCAGUGGGAUGAGCAUGCAGCAGAGUGCAGCUGCUGAACACUCCAGCCUUCACCCAGUUGUCAGCAGAAAUCUCUUCAUUUGCCAGGGGAAGGAAAAAUAAAGAGAUCCCAAGAAA